AUGGCACAGGGGAAGUUCUCUAAAGGAGAUUUCAAGCCUCAGGAGCUCGUUAACGUCAGUGAAGUAUUUGGGGCCGGGCCGGGCGCCGAGUAUGCGGAGGCGGGGUGGCCCGGCGGGAGCAGGAAGGACGGGGCCGUUGGGAAGCCGGAGGAGAGCAGAGAGCCAGCUGGGCCCCUCGUCUUGGCCACUGCCUGGCAGAGCCUGCCCGGCAGAGGAGGAACGGAGCCUCCAAGAGAGCAGAGGAAGCGUUAUUCCACUGUGGUUCUGGCAGACGUUUCCCAGUAUCCAGUCAAUCACCUGGUGACGUUCUGCCUGGGCGAGGAGGAUGGCGUGCACACCGUGGAGGAUGCCUCGCGGAGGCUGGCGGUCAUGGACAACCAGGGCCGCGUCUGGGCCCAAGAGAUGCUGCUGCGCGUGUCUCCGGACCGUGUCACGCUGCUUGACCCCAUGUCCAAGGAGGAGCUGGAGUCGUACCCGCUGGGUGCCAUCGUGCGCUGCGACGUGGUGACGCUGCCUGGCCGGAGUCGCUCGCUGCUGCUGCUGGUGUGCCAGGAGCCGGAUCGCACGCAGCCCGACGUGCACUUCUUCCAGGGCUUGCGUCUCGGGGCGGAGCUGAUCCGAGAGGACAUCCAGGGGGCUCUACACGACUACCGGUCCGGCCGCGGGGAGCGCAGGCCCGCGGCGCUCAGGGCUACGCAGGAGGAGCUGCAGCGCCGCCCCUCGCCGGCCGCCGAGACCCCUCCCCCGCAGCGCCGCCCGUCAAUCCGCGCGGUCAUCAGCACGGUGGAGGCGGGCCGGGGGCGACCCCAGGCGGAGCCCAUCCCGGAGGCGGAAGAGUCGCUGAGGCCGCGGCCUGGCCUGGCGGGGACCUCAGGCAGCGCUGCCCCGGCCUCCCCUGACCUGGGGCCCCGCGGCCCGGACCUGGCCAGUCUGCAGGCGGAGCGGGAAGUGGACAUCCUGAACCACGUGUUCGACGACGUGGAGAGUUUCGUUUCGAAGCUGCAGAAGUCUGCGGAGGCGGCCCGGGUGCUGGAGCAGAGGGAGCGCGGCCGCAGGACCCGGCGCCGGGCGCCUGGGGCUCACACCAACUCCCUACUGCCCAGCGCAGGGAGACUGGCUGCCCCCUUAUCCCCAACCUGUGUUGUUCUCCACAGUCACCAAGACCCUGAGCCAGAGGCUGAGUCCCAGCUGGAGCCUGAGGGAAAGUGGGUCCUAUGUAACUAUGACUUCCAGGCCCGCAACAGCAGUGAGCUCUCUGUCCAGCAGCGGGAUGUGUUGGAGGUCCUGGAUGACCAGCGUAAGUGGUGGAAGGUUCGGGACCAGCGAGGGCAGGAGGGAUAUGUACCGUAUAAUAUCCUGACACCCCACCCGGGGCCUCGGGCAAGCCGCAGCCUGGAGAAUAGCACUCCUCCUCCCCCACGGGCCCCGGCUCCUGCCUCCUCUCGCCCCACCUGGGACAGCUGUGAUAGCCUCAACUUGGACCCCCUAGAGAAGGAGAAAUUCUCCCAGAUGCUGUGUGUCAACGAAGAGCUGCAGGCGCGCUUGGCCCAGGGCCGCUCAGGCCCCAGCCGCGCAGCCCCGGGUCCCCGCGUCCCGGAGCCGCAGCUCAGUCCGCACUCGGACGCCUCGGAGGUCCGCGCCUGGCUGCAGGCCAAGGGAUUUAGCGCUGGGACCGUGGACGCGCUGGGCGUGCUGACCGGCGCGCAGCUUUUCUCACUGCAAAAGGAGGAGCUGCGAGCCGUGAGCCCGGAGGAAGGGGCGCGCGUGUACAGCCAGGUCACCGUGCAGCGUGCGCUGCUGGAGGACAAAGAGAAAGUGUCAGAGUUGGAGGCGGUGAUGGAGAAGCAAAAGAAGAAGGUGGAAGGCGACAUGGAAACUGAGGUUAUCUGA